CACAGGCUUUGAUUGAUGAGAACCGAUUAUCAACAACGAUUAACAUAUCACCCGCUGGUGCGAGGGCUCCUCCUAGUCCCAACACGCCAAGAGAUCAGUUCGCCAACUACCAGCGAUACAAACAGAAUGAAGUUACUAGGAGUUAUGCUGUUGUGUGCGGUAGUGGCAGCAGUGCCAACCGCCGUAAAGAAGAUCGACCCUGGCUUCGAUAUUUCCGAUAACGGGAUUGCUGCCCCUGAGGGUUUCUCAACAACAGUUGACUUCCUUAUCAACCAGUUGAUCCGUCAGCUGUUCAACUUCAUCCGUCUCAUCAUCAACAAUGGAUCGGCGGUCUUUGGCGUUCCACCUCUAGACCCCUUAUUCUUGGAGGACUUCCACCUCUACCUUCCAUUGGGACUUGUCAACCUUGACCUUGACCUGAAGAAUGCGUUGGUGACUGGCAUCGGCGGGUUCGUCGUGCACACCAGCAGGUUCACGCCGUCGGCGCUGACUUUCGCCGUGGACAUCUCCGUCCCCAGCAUCGUGGUCGAAGCUGAGGCCUACGAUUUGGUUGGAGAUUUGUUGACCGCUAUUCCUCUGUACGGAAAAGGCAAAGCAAGAUUCCAAAUUGAUGGAUUCCGCUUCAGUGGAACUUUACUUCUGAAGCAAUCGGAUGACGGCAAAUCGGUGCUCCUCGACAGAGUCAUCAACUCAUCCUACCAGAUUCCUCAUUUCCAGUCUGAGUUGACCGGUGUGAUCGGAGGCGGUAACAUCGACAAGGUUGUGAACGCGAUGCUGGAGGAUGUGAUCAUCGACUACGCCAACCGCUUCCAGGGCGCCAUCGCGGCCGCCGUGUCCGUAGCCCUCCCGGCCAUCGCCAACCCGGUGCUGGAACAGCUCGACACCUGGAAAUACAUUGACAGAUUCGUCUAAACUCUUAGCCCGACGGCCCUUAUCCAAUAAGCAUUCCCUCUACCUCUGACAAAGAUAGUGUUGCCAAAAAUACGACGUGGUUGCUCAACUAGUUGGGUGAAAUGUUGUGUAUUCCGUAUAUAAAUAGGUGAUAAAAUACGCAUUAAGUAUGGAGUGAACUCUAUAAUAUACCUCAAUUAAAUAA